AUGAUCGCGGGCGGCGGCACCGGGGGCCAUCUAUAUCCAGGCGUGGCUUUGGCGGAGGAGAUCACCACCCGCCAUCCUGACAACGAGGUUUUGUUUGUCGGAACCCGCCGUGGCCUGGAAGCGCGCGUGAUUCCCGAACUCGGAUUUCCGCUGGAACUCAUUCAGGUCAGCGGCCUCAAGGGCACGGGCCUCGGCAAGCGGAUGCAAGGGUUCAUGCAAUUGCCCGGGGCUUUGUGGCAGUCGAUGCAACUCGUUCGGCGUUUUCGCCCGGAUGUUGCGGUCGGCGUCGGCGGAUACGCCUCGGGGCCGGCCAUUUUAGCCGCGCGUUUAUGCGGGGUGCCGACCGCCGUGUUGGAGCAAAACACCGUACCGGGCGUGACCAACCGAAUUUUGGGACGAAUGGUCGAUGCCGUCUACGUGAUGUUCGACGGCAGCGCCGACUACUUUCCGCAAGGCAAAGUGCAGCGGCUCGGUAAUCCGAUUCGCCGCCAGCUUCUUGAGAACUUCUUAAGGCCACCCGAAGCCGUUGAAGAAGGGGCGCCGUUUCGCGUUUUGGUUUUGGGCGGCUCCCAGGGGGCUCAUGCCUUGAACCUCCGAAUGGUCGAAGCGGCCGCGACCUUGAGUCAGGCGCAGCCCACAUUGCACGUUGUCCAUCAAACCGGUCGUAAAGACCGUGAACUUGUCGAAAAGGGCUACGCCCAUGCUGGUCUUUCGGCCGAAGUCCACGAGUUCAUCGACGAUGUAUCCGCCGCCUACCGGCAAGCUGAUUUGGUCGUGUGCCGAGCCGGGGCGACGACUCUCGCCGAAGUCAUGGUGGCCAAAAAGCCCGCCAUUUUGGUGCCGUACCCUCACGCCGCCGACAAUCACCAGGAGCUCAACGCGCAGGUGUAUUUUGUCGGGCAAUGGGCGAAUGUAGGCAUGAUAAGGUCCAUACUGUCGCCAGUAGGACGGCAAUGGCAGCAGCAACGGUGGCGGCGAGUAUGUUGUCCGGCAAUGGGCGAAUGUAG